UUUAAGUACAUGUGUGUAUGUAUUUAUAUGUAUAUACAUUUUAUUUUCUGAAAUUAUUAUUUUUUUCUCCAUGUAUGCAUAUAUAUAUUUUAAAAACCAACACUGUAGAUCAUGGAAAGCAUAGAGGAUUUUUAAAGCAUAUAUAUGUGUGUGUGUGUGUGUGUGUGUAUGUGUGUGUGUAUUUGGGGGCCAUAGGGGGUGAUGACAUUUUUGGUCCAGUGGAUAAAGUAAUAUCCUUAAUUUAAAUGCGUUUGUCUGCAAGAGUCAAAUAGUGACAUUCAUCAUGUCCUCAUCCAAAGGAGAGGCUUUUAUUACUUUCCAUAAGAAUUGUUGAGCUUUCCAUAUGCUCAAAACUAGUGCUACUAACAACAUAUGUUUCAAUUUUUGGCAGUUACUUCAUCACCUCUGUAUUGAAAGAGAAGUUAGCUUAACACUGCCACUGAUGAACAGGAGAAGAGUGUAGCCUGUUCAGAGACUUUCUUUUGGAUUUAGUCUCUACUUUUGAGAAAAGUAGCAAUUUGCUCCAAGUAAUAUCCUAUUUCAUUACAAGGCGCUUUUAAAACAAUUAUAUGCUAAUGAUAAUUUAUUGAUGAGUGUUUUAUUCCUAAUAAAAUAGCUCAGUGUAUUUUCCCCUAUUUAAAACAUCAUGAAGAGGAAAUAAAAUUUAUUGCAGCAGCAAAUAAUCUCAUGAUUUUUCUAACAGUUGUAUAAAUUUUACAUUAUUUACCAUCAGGAUUUUGAAAUAUAAGGCUUUUUUUGUAUUUUUGAUUUACACUAGAGAAGAGCUGCGGUUUGGUGUAAGAGACUAGUAGUGGAGUAAGAAGACCUGGGGAAAGUCCUGUAGCUCACUUAAUGUUUUAAACCUGUCCAUUCUAGAUUUGUGAUACUAAAAAGUUCACUGAUGUCGGUAGAAGUGUUUAUAGUACAGUGCCUAGAUUUGUUAGUUAUCAGUAGAUGUAAUUCUUAUACGUGACUAUAGAAAUGUUAGAAAAGUAGAAUUUGUAUGGAAUAUUGUCAAGAAAAAAGAAUUUUAGGAAAUUGAAUCUGUCAAAAUAAAAGCAGAGCUCUGGAUUUUAUUGUGGGGUAGCUGUGUUAGAUAUCAGACUGUAAAUUCAAUUUUUAGUGUAAUCAGAUUUAUUAAUCUUUUAUUUCAGGCUUUCUGGGUUUGUUGUAAAUCAGAGAAAGACCUUUCCAGGUCUGAGAUUCUUAAAAAUUGUGUCUUGAUUUCUUUUCUCCUUUCAUGCAUUCACUGUCUUCAAUUAAAUUUUUGAAACUUUGGGAAUUUAUGCUUGUAUCAAGUUUGAGGUUUGGACCCAACUUUAUUUUUUCCCAGUUGGGAUAUCCACUUACUGCAAUCUGUUCAUUGUAUAAACAUAGGUUAUUCUUUAAUUUCAGAGAAAAUCAGGAUAAUGUCAUUUUAUUGAGUUCCAGCUAAAAGUCUCCUUUGUUUUACUAAGAUGUCUAAUAGUCAUAAAGAAGAAAAAGAUCUGUUGCCUAAAACCCACAUGUGGCAGGAUGAAAUUGCCAUGCUAAGACUAGAAAUAGACACAAUAAACAAUAAGAACCAGGGAAUGGAAAGUAAAUAUUGUGAAGACAUUGAAAUUAUAAAAGAAAAGAAUGUCAGUCUUCUAAAGACCAUAAAACUGAAUGAGGAAACAUUAACAAAAACAAUAUUAGAAUGUAGUGGACAGAUUAAUGCCCUGACCACUGAGAAUACAAUGCUAAAGUCUAAACUGGAGAAUGAAAAGCAAAACAAAGAAAGACUGGACACACAAGUUGGAUCAUAUCGAGCUAGACUAGCUACUGCUCUAGAGGAUUAUGAUCAAAGUCAGGCAUCAAAAAGAGACCUAGAACUUGCUUUCCAGAGAACAAAAGAUGAAUGGUUUCGUCUGCAGGACAAACUGAAUUUUGAUGUGUCUAACCUAAAAGAAAACAAUGAGCUUCUUUCUCAAAACCUUUCUAAAGCUGAAAGUGAAUUCAAUACUUUAGAAAUUGAGCUCCAUCACACAAGAGAUGCUCUCAGGGAAAAGACUUUGGUUUUAGAAUGUGUACAGAGAGACCUAAGUCAAACACAGUGUCAGCAAAAGGAAAUGGAACACAUGUAUCAAAAUGAACAAGAUCAAGUGAAUAAAUACAUUGGAAAGCAGGAAUCCUUAGUGGAGAGAUUAUCUCAACUACAAAGUGAAAAUAUGCUGCUUCAACAGCAACUAGAUGAUGCUCACAACAAAGCUGCCAGUAAAGAAAAUGUAGUAAUUAAUAUCCAAGACCAGUUUCAGGGUAUCGUAGAAAAACUUCAAGCUGAAAGUGAAAAACACGGUCUUUGGCUGGAAGCAAGCAAUAGAGAGCUAAUCAAUGAAUGUAAUCUUUUAAAAGGAAGAAUGUAUCAGUAUGAAAAGGAGAAAGUAGAAAGAGAAGUUAGUAUCCAGAAAGAUAAAUAUUUUUCAAGCUUUCUAAGAGAAAAUUCAAAGUAGUAUUUGAUUAUUAUUAUUAUUUUUAGAGAGAAAGAGUGCACCUGCACAUGAAUGGGAGUGGGGCAGAGGGAGAGGGAGAGAGAAUCCCAAGAGGUCUCCACAUCAGAGAACUCCACCUCAUGCCCCCGAGAUCGUGACCUGAAUGAUUAUGGCUGAAUUUUGAAUCUACUUGAAUAUAAAAAAUAUAUAGACUAUGAUUCAGCAUAACUUGUAUCCAGCAAAUAAAAACUAGACUUGAGAGGUGCUUUAAUUUGAAUAAAAUUGUUGUGUCAUCUAUGAAAGUUUAAGAGGUUAAGUUAUAAAUUGUUAAUAGUAGGCUGAUACUAAUAAUUUAGUCUUAUACUGCAAAAUAAUAAUUUUAAUCUUUGUUACCACAUUUUAAUACCAUGAUGAACAGAUAAAUGGAAAUGUUCAUACCUGCAAUGAGCAUGUUGAAACUGAGAUUCAAUUAAGUGGAUUCACUUGACGGUUUACUCCAGAUUUCCCACAUGAACUGAAGUGUAGACGCUGUAUCUCAGUACUUCUCCUUUGGUAGCUUUUUAUACAUUUUAGGUUGAAAUAAUUUUAUUUUUAUUUAUAUAAAUUUGAAUUUUUAGUCUGAAAUCAUGUAUCUUAUGACCUUUUAACCCUUUGCAGGCACUUUUCAUUAAAUCGUAAUUUGGGACAACUGUGGAGAGCUUUAGCAAAACUGUUUGAUUUAAUCUUCCCACAGCUAUUUAUAAUUUUUUAAGGCAAUUUUACAAAUAAUUUGCUUAUUUCAAAGCUCAAUGACUAUCAUUUGGGCAUAAGUUUGUCCAAUACAAAGAGAAUUGUAUCUGUAAUAUAUUAACUUGGCAUUGGAUCUCCAUUUUCAGACUAAUGGGGGGUGGCAGGAUUCUUGUACUGUAGCAGGAAUGGAGGUCAGGGAGGGAGGUGAAAGCCAGGUUAUCUAGGGCCUUGAAGCCCAUUAGAAUGACUUCACUUUUGUUCUGAGAUAGUAAUCUAUUGGAAGGAUUUGAGCAGAGGAUUGAAUAUGUGAGGAACUUUGACAUUAAUUUAAGCCUCUAAUAAAAAAGAGGGAAACCAUGUCAUCAUGUAGAAUUUACCACUGCUAGCCCCACCUAUAUACCCAUUUCUUUUUGAGACUUCAGUAGGGUGGGAAGCUUUGCAGAUUCAUCAACAAGGAAUGGAGAGUGGGGCUGAAUUAAUUAUCUAAGUAACAUAACACUGACUAGGCAAGAGGAUAAGACCUGUAUGUGGUGAUAUUUUUCGAAGUACAUAUGUUAGAGUUAUAUAUUAUUAACAUAACUUCAUAUAAGAUAAUUUAUAAAAUCAGUAACAGAA